AACCACCUUAAAACCCUUGAGCUUUUACCUCCCUCCCCUCUCCUUUAAUUCGGCCAUCCCACCCACCAAAAACCAUCCCUCAUUUCCUUUCAUCCUAGCUAAUGCCCUACCAUCGUUCUUUCACUUCUAAGCUUCAACAUGUCUCACACUUCCCAAACUCUCACCAAGGAGGAUUUGGUUGCUUCAAAUGCUGAACUCAAAGCUCAACUUGAGUAUUUGGCUAAGCAAGUGGCUCAACUUACCAAGUUCAAGAUGAGCAUGGUAAAUACUCCAGAGGAAAGCAAGGAUGAACCCAAUGAUUUCAUAGACUGGUUAGAUACAAUUGAACACUUCUUUGACUUCAAAGAUAUUGAGGAUGACAAGAAGGUCAAGCUUAUAGCCUUGAAAUUCAGAGGCUAUGCUUCUACAUGGUGGACCAAUAUCACCACCAAAAGAAGAAGAGAAGGCAAAGCUGCCAUCAAAACAUGGACCAAGAUGAAGGCUCUUUUGAAGAAAAAGUUCAUACCCACUCACUACAUAAGGGAGAACUUUGCUAGGCUUCAAAACCUACGGCAAGGAAAUCGGUCCGUAGAAGAGUAUAACCGAGAGUUUGAAGAACUCUUGAUGCGAUGUAAUCUUCAAGAGAAUGACUUAAAAACCUCUGUGAGAUAUUUAUUUGGUUUAAACACCCAAAUAGCCAACACCGUGGAGCUGCAUGUUGGGAUUUUAAGCGCGGAAGGCAUGAACGAGUACAAGGAAGUGAGGACAUUUAUUCUAAGUGUCGAAUUCAUUCCUCGAGAACUGAGAGAAAGAAUGAUCGAAGGUUUUGAUACACGCAAGUUGAUGUUGGGAAACGAGGCUUGGAUAACGCAGCGGAAAACAAAAAUUUACAGUCCAAAACUCGAUUUUACCCAAAAACAACUUACGUAAAUUACUAGCUAUAGUAAGAAAUUUACCUUAACGGUGAAAACGAAGAACGGAGGAACGGUCGGGGAUGGUUUUGAGGAGAUGAACGUAGCGCCAAACGUAUGAAGCCUCCAACGUAUCCACACGAACUUGCUCCGGAGUCCAAGAUUAAACUUGUGCUAGCAAGUUUAAUAUAGGAUAGUAAAAACUAUAAUAAUACUACUUUGGGAGU